CUUUUUUCGGAUCAUUGGCAGUAGGAAGCUGUGCAAGAAAACAUGGCAGACACGUUUAUGGGUCGAAUAUUGUGGCUUUCAUUUCUUGUAGCUGUGCUUGUUGUCAGCUAUUACACUUGGAGCUGUGAAGCUAAAAAGGACUGCAUGAUUGACAGCGAGAAAGGAUGGUACGAUAUGGACAAUGUUUACACAUGUGAAACCGAUCAAAGAUGUUGCAAAGAAUAUGGAAAUCCUUCAUGCUGUGCCGAGAAAAAUAAAUGGCUUAUAGUAAAAGAUCAACUAAUCCUUUGGGGUGGACUGUUUGGAUUCCUAUCUUUUCUUGGCAUAGUGGUGUACUGUCGACGAAAAGACUUUUACGUUCUUGAAGGAUCGAACCCGUGCGCUCGCUGCCUCGGGAUGAAACCAAAAGAGCCCGAAGAAGAUGAAGAAAAACCAAUCAAGAUGUAGAUUUUUGUAUUUAGUCCCCUUGUCUAAAACCAUGCACUACUUUAUGUCUUAUAGUUAUUUGACAGUUAUAGUAAUAUCAAUGCUUCCACAAAGAGUAAAUUUUCUGUUUGCAGUAGUAAAAGCAAGUGUUUUUAGCAAGAAAUUACUCAACAUACGUUUUCUAAAGAAUAUAUUGCGGUUGGGAGUUUACUGGCAAUAAUAAAUACAGUUUGCUAGCGAAAAAGCUUUUACAAAAAGAGUAUCAAAAAACUAAACUAACUAUACUUAGCGUCUCAUUAGCCUAUGGGGGGCUAAG